UGGAAGUAAGCAAAUGGAACGAAGAAGCAUACAAUUUUAGAAUAUAAUAUUAAAAUGAAUUGUACGGAAUCUUACAACGCUAAUCAUUUGAACAAUAAUCAUAAUAUUGGAUUCGACCGGGAAGAAGACAUUCAUUAUGAUAAUGAAGUUGAAGGACACAGCGACGACGACGAAAACACCAACGCCGAACUAUUUAUCCGUCUGACAGAUAUGGUUCGUAAGCAUUACUGCAAUUAUUUGGAGAAGCAACUGCUUGAAAAUAUACAUGCUUGGCGCGCAAACAUAACUGAUGGGGUUUCUAACUCUGAGCUUCCGAUUGAGAAGGCGGCAUUGCAGGAGUGUUGUCGUGUGCUGGAGGAUAGGGCAUUAAAGUCUUGUAUGCAUGCACGCCGCUAUCAACGCACUAUGCUAAAGAUUAUAGCUGAAGUUCGCCGCAAUACACAAGAAAAUCGUUUAGAGGGUAAAUUAAAAAAAUUUAUUGAUGCGAAUGAAAACAAUUGGCUAUUAUGCAGUCAUAAGGCAAAAGCGACACAAACGGACGAAAGCAUGUUUUCCUUUGAUUAUGAUCCUAACAGUUUAACACAAGAAGCCUCGAACAAUAUUUGUAGUACUCCUGGUUUAUCGUUGGAACAAAAAAUCGAAAUGUUUCAAAACCGUCUCAAUCAAGAAACUGUAGCUAAAGUGGCAGCCACCCAUAAGAUGUGCAAACCAAUAACUUCGCGACGCAUGCUACUUAAACUUUCAAAAAACCAUCGCCCAACUCAGAGCAAAAGUAAUCAAAUAUUACAAGACAAUAGUGGCCCUGGGCAAAAUCAGAAGAGUUUGGGCGAAGGCUCAAAAUUAGAAUUGACUAGAGACAAUUCAAAAAUGACACAUGAUACAAGUCCGACAAAGCUUAAGGAGGUAACUAAAAUGAGUACAUGUUCCAUAACAAGCAAUUGCACGCCGAUAAUGCAAUUACAUGCUGAUAGCAUUGGACUAGAACAAGAUGAUGAAAUCGCUAAGGAAUUAGACCAACUAUUUAGCGAGGAAAAGUCAGAGUUAGAGGAAUUACUGGGUCUUAAUUCGAAUUCAGAAGUGGAUGAUCCACACGUACGCGGUGUAUUGGAAGAGAUUAAAAGUGCAACGUUAGAUCACAAUUUAAAACAAAAUUCUAAUCAACAUCAGCAAACUAUAAAUUCUUCUUUGGAUAAUGAAGCAUCGCCAAUUAACGUGGAUAGUUCGCCGCAGCAAAACGUACCCUUACCAUGUCGUACUGAAAGACCAGUUUCAAAUAUGCGGCACAGUUUGUGGCCUUGUGAAUUGUAUAUGCAACGGCGUCGUUUAUCGGAGUCGUUGAGUCGAUUAGUUGAAGAAGAUUUUCGGUGGCAUGAUCUCAUUAAAUGGAAAUUUCAAACAAUUUUUGGUGACGAUAGCGAUGACGAAUUCGCGACGUGCAGCCCAUCGAUUGAACUAAACGAAGUGCUCAUAUGCAGUUGCAUUCGUCGUAUCUCGCCAUGGAUGGUGAAACAUUUAAUGAAACCAAUGCGGGCUGGUCUCAUAGCCAACCGGUUUUUAUUUAAAAAACUGGCAAAACGUUUGGCGCAUUCUAUAGUUCUGGAAAAUCAAUACCCAGAUGAACGUUUUAUAAAACACGCAGUGGAGGAGUACUUUUGCUUGCAUCAGGCUGUCGUCAGUAUGGAGGAUUUGGCCAGUAUGCCCAGUCUAAACACAAUCAAUGAUAAUUUAAGUUUUUAGAAUAUAUUAAUAACAAAACCACACAAUGAGUACAGAUAAUUGAUCCUUGCUACAGAAAUAAACAUCUUGAAUUAUCCCUUCCUAUAUUAUUUCCGGUUAAAUGAAUCGUAUUGAAUAUAUAAAUAAAUAAAGAAAUAUAGUACGAAAUUUCCGUUAAAAUUUUGUAUACACUAUUUUUACUAUUUUGCGCUUUUAAUGAGACAAGUGAGUUAUGUUUAUUGAAAAAUAUAUGAAAUUAGAUAAGAAUUAAAAUGUUAAAGAUAUGUUGAUAUAAAAAUAACUUAGUUUUAUCUAAUUUUUUAGAGUUGACAAAAAGACGUGGAUAGCCCUAAUUAGCAUUUGGAAGAUUUUAAUAAUCACCAGGUUAAAAGAUGAUAGUUUUGCUUAAACUUGAUAGAAUGUUAAACAAACAUUUAUUUGAAAUAAGAAAAACGUUAACUUCGGUAGCAGCCAAAUUUCGUGAAGAAGCUAUAUGAUAUAGUGGUCCAAUACCGCCGAUUCCGCCAGUUGAGCAGCUAGUUCGUGAAUAUACAGACAGACGGACAUGGCUAAAUCAACUGAUCACGCUGAUCAUUUAUAUAUUUACUUUAUUGGGUCUUCCCCAUUUAUACCUGGGUAAAAGUAAGUAUCACAAACAGCCUUUUUCAACAAACAAUAGAAUAUUUUAAAAACAAUAAAACGACGCUUUUUCUUACUUGCUUAAAUACUGAUUUAUGUAGGCACAACAAAUUAAAAUAACCUUGUAAUACUUUUAAAUUUAUUAAAUAUUCUUGCAAUACAAUCAUAUCAUCAUUUUCAGCAUUUGAAACGUUUCAUUCACAAAUUCAAGAACUCAUUACCA